CAUCAUCAUUGCUGCAGCAUACAUAUACAUAAUACCCCUACGUUCGCUCUAUGGUAUGACCACGUCGGAAGGAGGGCCUCGACGCCCUCGAGAUGAAUCAAAUGCAUCCUCCAGCGCAGGCACUAUGCCGUCUGAUGUACGGACAAACGGUCAAAGACGCUCAUCACCAGCACUGGAGCGCUGCCUCAGCAACGUGAUCGACGUGCAAGACCCCACUCGAAUAAUAGAAUGCUCGCAGUUGGAAAGGCAGCGCAAGUUCCAGUACCUCGUGCGCCGGUACCUGUCACAGAUCUUAUACGGCUGUAAGAGCGCCUAUUGUGAUACCUCGACAUGUCUCUCACGCAACAAGCGCUGUGCCUCCAAGCCCUACCGACCGCCGACGCAGCUUACCGCACGAGCACUAGCCCACUACCUUGCCAGUCAAAGCAAUCCCCACCGCGGACUGUGCCCGCAUGAGCUCAAAGUGUCCCCAAGCUCUCUUGAGAUUGAGGGUGCUGUUGACCUGAACACUGCAAAUGGAACAGUUGAAGAUAAGGACCAUGCACGACGGGUUCAAGCACGCAGGGUGCAGCAUGCUGUGGCACGCGCCAUCGACAGUCAACAUCAGACUAAGAAGGAUACUAAGUCAAUCGGGCAGAACGUCUAUGACAGUGCCUCGCUGAUAUAUUCGUACUCGAAGCUGUUACCGAGCCCUCUGCAGGCGCUUGACGCAUUGCGCGCCUCCAAUGAUGAAACACGACAAGGCCACCGCACAUGCAGAGCAAAUGAAUCAGACGUCACAGCACGUGCAAACGGGACAUCAAGCAUCGCUCGCCAACAUUCACAACAAAACCUCCGUGCGCAGAGUCAGGCACAUGCUGCUCGGGAUCAGCCUCAAGUGCUCAGCAAUGGGCAGCAAGUUCAUAAAGUGCCAUACCAUCUGCCCGCCGUCGCAGAUCAAGUCCAAGUCACGAAGAACACAAGCAACACAUCAAUCGACAGCACAGUCGACAUACCGAAGAUGUCAAUAACGAGGACUGGCAGGAAGUCAUUCACCCUCGGCGGCUCGAUCAUGCCACCCAUGCCGAAAUCGAAGGCUCCGCCAGUACUACCGCCACCUCAUCAGAAGGCCACAAAGCCAAAGCAAACUGAUCGUCUGGCCAUACCAACCGCCGCAAACCUGAGUUGCGAUGUGCUUGAUCGGCUGAAAGAUGAAACCCACCGCGGAAGGCAGGACCAGGAGUCAGCAACCGACACUGCUUUUGAGCAUGAUACAUCUCGGCGACUUUCACCUACCAAAGCCUUUAUCGACCGCUCGCUGUUCUAUACUCUGAGUGAUGCAGAGACAUUGUUACAAUCGUUUCAUGACUCAAACAAGGCCUUCGAACGUUCGCCGCUGCCACAUCUGGACUCUUCGCGCCUUGCACACUCUUUCAGAGACUGGAGUCGGCGUAAUGUAACGUUGAUAUUUGACAGCCUUUCUGUUGCCGUCGAGGCUCUCUUCAUCCGUCCACCAGCACUCGACGCACACGUUGCCGCCAAAAGCAAGCCUACCCAUAGCGGUACUUCGGCAGAUGGUUCCACUGGCAAGCAUGAGCCUACAAAUCACCCUCGCUAUCUCAGUAACCAUGAAGCCGCUCACAUCGCGAUGAUAUGUAUUCAUGCCCUGACUUCUUCCGUACCUGUCGGCUGGUCACAUUCAUGGGCACAAUUGCGCAACCUACGUUCUUGGGGCGUUGUAAUUCCAGUCGCGACUGCAGACACUGAUAACUUCCUCGACCCAUACAUUAAUAUCGUUGAUGCAUUGGAGUAUGAGCCGGCCAUGAGGCUUGCUGAUCGCCUGCUUCGAGGCAUCGGUGCUCGAAUCUGUUUUGAACACAUACUUCUCGCAAUGCAGACGGAUGCAACAGCAGUAGAAUCUGGGUCCAUUGCCUGGAAAGACAGCUUGAUAAGUAUACUGGUUCGGCAUCUUGAAGUUGUCGAGCAUGUUGCACUUGACAGCAAGCGCAAGAUGAAGUCAAUCAGUACGACAAACAAGGAACCUGGAUGGACGGUAACGGCUACGCUCAUCGAGUGGCUAAAGACAAUCAUCAUCAAGAAUUGGAACGGUAAGGUUGAGGUGAACAAAUGGUCCAGUGUUGGAACAGCGGUGAUGCUGCUUCAUGAGCUACACGACCAACAGCGCCAGCUCAACGUAUGGUCUCGAAUGUUCAGGAUACCAUAUCUUCACGAACAUAUGAACGCCGUCAACGAUCCAGUCGACUACCUUGGUUGGAAACUACAGCCUAACGUGUUGCACAUCUUGCAGUAUCCUGAGUUUCAUCCAACAGACUACCUUGUCAAGUUCUUUCGAGUCAUCAAUCUCACCAGCAUGAUGGCUCAGUACGAUCACACACAGCACACACAGCAGAUGUUGCGACAGCUUGACUCAAUCCUGCGCGAGCCAUACCUGUACAUGAUUAAGCAUCGGCUGAAAGUUACGUUGAACGACUAUCUUGUUCUGGACGUCACUCGAGAGCAGCCUCUGAAGGAUACACUUGAUCAGCUUUGGAGACAAGAGAGAAAGAUGUUGCUCAAGCCUCUGAAGGUCAAGCUUGGUCAUCAGGAGGGCGAAGUUGGCCUGGACCAUGGCGGUGUUACGUACGAAUUCUUUCGUGUCGUGCUGGGCGAGGCGUUUGCGCCGGACUAUGGUAUGUUCACGAUCGACUCAAAGACCCAGAUGACAUGGUUCCAGCCCGGCACUCUCGAACCUCUCUGGAAAUUCAAGAUGCUCGGUGUACUGUUCAGCCUUGCGAUCUACAACGGCAUCACCUUACCCGUCACCUUCCCCUUAGCCUUCUACAAUCUGAUGCUUAACUCACGCUUCAAGUUCAUCGAUGACCAUACUAGCAUCGACUACAUUCGCGAUGGCUGGCCCGACCUCGCCAAAUCCUUCGAGACCCUCCUUGACUGGAAGGGCAGCGACGUAGCAGACAUCUUCAUGCGCGACUACGCUUUCAGCUACGAGGUCUUUGGCCAGAAAGUUGAUAUUGACAUGACCAAGCGAGACGAUGAAAACUCAUCACCCGGCGAGGCACAAAUAGUCACCAACGAGAACCGCGGCACCUUUGUCAGAGACUACGUUACACACCUCAUCCUGCACUCCAUCCGCCCUCAACUCAAAGCGUUCAAAAAGGGCUUUAACGCCUGUCUCAAUCCACGCAGUCUUGAGCUGUUCACGCCCAAAACUCUCAAGAAACUGGUCGAAGGCACGCAGACUAUCUCAAUCCCCGAACUGCGCGCUUGUGCAACGUACGAAGACUACGACGCCACGCAUCCUACAGUGAGGAUGUUCUGGGAGAUUGUGCAAGAAUACUCGCAAGAGGAUGCGACACACCUGUUGGAGUUCGUCACGGCGAGUGACAGAGUGCCGGUCACAGGCUACAAGAGUCUCACGUUCAACAUCGUGCGCAUGGGGAAUGAUUCAGCGCAGCUGCCUACCAGUAGUACCUGCUUUGGAAAGCUGUACCUGCCUGAGUACAGGGACAAGGAGAAGAUGAGGAGGAAGCUGGAGUUGGCGAUACAAAAUGCGAAGGGCUUUGGUGUCGUGUGAGCUGGCUGUCAAGAGCUGUCGAGGGUCCUGGACCCUGCGAUGUCAGGACACCCAUUUGGCAAAGCGUACGGAUGGCGCCGCUAACGGAGGACCUAGGCUGUGAAGUGGAACUUUAAGAGUAGAAACUAGGUCUCGAUAAUU